UAGGUGAAGUUCCACAAUCAUAGUUCUUUCGGCUAGAGAUGUUUCCCGCCUAUCGUUAAAGCUCCACCCCGGGCCUGGAGGUUUCAGUGUGACGACACCUCGACCUCCUACGUGUCUCCUGGGCUUAGGUGGGACCGUACUGGAGGAAAUGGAUCCCGUGAUAUUGUGUCGUUUCCAUGGUUUCAUCACGCCCAACGUCACGGCCAAUAGGCUUUCUGGUCGAAAUUUUUGAUUUAAUGCCUAUCAAAUUUCAUCAUCAAACGUUAGCCAAUCAGUAGCGAAAGUAGAAAGCUCUUUAUCAGCACCAUGGUGACGAGCUGUCGGUCUAAAGCGAGGCCAGCUUGUCAGUAACCAGAACGCAUAUGACGGGCCUGGUUUUGCACACCAGAUCAGUAGAACACGUCUUUUAAAGCAUGGCUACUAGUACAUCCAAUCCAUUCAACGUCACAAGGAACGAGGAAUCUUUAUCGAACACACACGGCUUCACCAGAGAGAUGCAAAUAGCUAGCUGUGUUGAGAUGAAGUACAUGCCACCCCAGCACCAUAGUCAAAACGGAUACGUUCUGGGGUCUCUCCAACAGUGGACUAGUCUACCUCAUCACAAUGACCUCUCGGGCUGGUCAUCCAACAUCCAUUAUAAUGGACUUCACGCUCAGGACAUAAAACCACCAAACCACUCAGGUCCAGGACUGCACCAGGAUUCCUUAAGCCAUCACCGUCCGCCGCAACACAUAACCUGGCAACCGUCCUCUCCAGCUGGCCAACACAUGGCUAGCAUGCCCCCAUCAACCAACGGUUCUUCGCCCCUUCAACAACCAGUAUACGCCAUGAAUGGAAUGAUGACUCAUGGUGGGGUGCAGAUACACCCGGCAAUGAGGAAGGCUCCCCAUCUCGACAACGGACACCACCCACUCCAACUAGACAAUAACGAGCUCAGCAUAAUCGAGGCACCACCACCGUCGUCAGACGACUUAGAAAAGUUUGCCAAGCAGUUUAAACAGCGGCGAAUCAAGCUCGGCUUCACGCAGGCAGACGUUGGUCUGGCGCUCGGCACGCUUUACGGCAACGUCUUCAGCCAGACCACAAUUUGUAGGUUCGAAGCUCUGCAGCUCAGCUUCAAGAACAUGUGUAAGUUAAAGCCUCUACUUGCCAAGUGGCUGGAAGAGGCGGAGAGCACCUCCGGAUCGCCGACGUCCAUCGACAGGAUCGCUGCCCAGGGACGGAGAAGGAAGAAGCGAACGAGCAUCGAGGUAUCUGUAAAGAAUGUGCUAGAAAGUAAUUUUCGUAAACAGCCCAAACCGUCAGCGCAAGAGAUUAUAACCCUUGCAGACAGCUUAGAGAUAGAAAAAGAAGUUGUUAGGGUCUGGUUUUGUAAUCGCCGCCAGAAAGAGAAAAGAAUGACCCCUUCAGUGUCCACCAACAGCAUGACCAAUAAGACUGGUCCGUUAACAGUGUCCACCAACAGCACAGCCGGCAUGUUGGUGAGACACGCCGAUGGAGGAGAUAGUCCUGUCCACCUCCAUAUCCACCCACCUCCCACGUUACACUCGUCCAUCCCUCAUUCAACUAGCCAUUUAAUUCAUACGGUAGGACAAUCGCUGAUUGCUCACUGACCAACAGGUGCUGCUCGCCAAGGAAAGAUUAUAUUAGCACAUCUGUAUGUGUGAAAAUGUGCAGUCCAUUGAGUUAUUGUACAUAUAAUGAACAUCAACAACUAUGAACCAUAUCAUUGAACCGCAGUAAGGGUUAACUUGUUGGUAGACAGGAACUGAUUAAAUCCCGAAUACCCGGAAUGAGUAUGGGUCCAGGUAGGACUGUCUAUUGUUUAUAAGGUUCUUGAGUACGUUUGCCUAUGCUUAAUACGUGUUAGGUAGUUUCAUGUGGGCACCAAUGAUUAGUAGCCACGUGUUAAGUAGUUUCAAGUUAUUCCAGUAAAUGAUAGAAAAGGUGCUAGAAAUAGUAUAUUGUAAUUUUCAACCGUGGUAUGGAUCUCAGUGUGGAUUCGGUGCUAGAAUUAUAAUUGCUUUAAUAAGUGGAAUCCCGUAAAUAUAAUGACAUAUGCUAGUACUCUCAUAUAUGCAAUAUACAUUUAUCAGCCACUAAUUGGAUGAAAACUUAAAUUUAACAAUAACUUUGCAUACAGCAAAAAUUAAGAGCAAACUAAAAACCAGAUUUACCAAUGGUUGAUGAAGAUAAUGUUUGACAAAAGGAAAACCUAGAUGGCUUUAGCUGUACAGUACACAGUGCCUCCAUCAAGGCUAAGUCAGCCAGUGAAAUCUCACUCUGAAAACUUUCUCCCAUGCGCAGGAUUUUGUUAAUGAAAGAGCUGAACCUGAUAUUUAAUGUAACAUUGUUAUAGUUCAAGCUAUGGAUAAAAAAAAGUUAAAUAUUUUCUACAAACUUAACAAUAAAUGUGGAAAUAAUAAAAACAGUCUUAGUUAUCUCAAGGACUGGUGUAUUUCUAUAAGUCUUUAAAGAUUCGCAAUUCUGUCUUUUAUAAGUAUACUGUACUAAUGUGAAAGUCAUGUCAUGUGCUGUUGUUUUGACCCACCUGAAAAUUAUACUAUGAUUUAUGUUAUUUUGACCCACGUGAAUGUUAUGUCACGAGCUGUGACUCCUGUUGUUUUCAAGUAUGACUUUAACAUAUCAUUUACCUUAGCUAUGACACAAUAAUAUGUUAAAUGAACAUAUCCGUUAAAAUAUCGAAUAACUAAAAAAGACGUCUCUCCGUUAGCCCAAACUUCUUUGUUGUUGACUAAAUAUAUGACUUUUGGAGUCGUCACCUGGUGUGAAGAUUGAAAGCUACGUAUCUUAUUAACUCCCUUUCCGUGAUUAUAAGAUAUUUUCCCAGAACAAGUCAAAAUAAACUCAGGGGUCGUCUUGUUAUUUACAUAGUAUGUUUUAUCACGCUUUUCUACAAUAAGUGAUUUUUAAAUAGCAACAGGAAGAAGUAGUUAAAUGAAAAAUGUUCGUUAUUAACUAGUUAAAAGAGCGAUUUUGGACAGGAACUGAUCACAUCUCGAGCAGCCGGAAGGAGUAUGGAUGAGUCCAGGUAGGUCUUUAUAAGAUUGUUGAACAUGUCUACGGACGGAACGAUAAAUGGUAGAAAUCCAAUUUCAAGAAUUUCCUUACAAAUCUAAGUUUGAAAAUAUUUUGACACCAAAGUUCUGUCAAAGUCAGCUGACAGGUAAAGUAGAGAAAACAAACGUUAGGAGAGGUUGAUAACUAGUAUGUUUGGACACUUUGUUGUAUUAUCAUAUCUGACUAGCUUUUGUUACUGAGUUUAACCUUAAACUAAGGAGAAGUUUCUGUGACUCAGUUCUAAUGACCUGUGUACAAACAGUGGCAACACUUUGGGUCACUAAGAAGUUUCUGUGACUCAGUUCUAAUGACCUGUGUACAAACAGUGGCAACACUUUUGACAGUUGAAGUUUCUGUGAUUCAGUUAGUUCCUUCUGUUAUAAUGGAACUGUGUGCAAACUGUUAUCAUCACCUCUUUUUCUUCUGGAACUGUUUAAGUCGUAUUUUUGUUAGGUCACUACUAAUAACCUCGGGAUAAAAAAAACUUGCAAGUUUCUUGAUCUCAUUUUAUAAAGAAAAGCCUGCCAGCAGUUUUAAUUAGAUGUGUUCGGAGUGAUCAAUCUCAAAUAGAGUCUGCUAUAAUAUUAUAAACGCUGAAAUGUUUUUUAGUGCUAGUGUGUAAUGAACGAUUGUUUAUAAAUUUGUAGCU